AUGAACCGUGCGUCAAAUGGCUCGGUGGGACACGGCAAUAACACCGUGACAUGGAGCCCGUGGUUGGUGUUGUCGCUGGCAAUCCCGCAAAUGGGCAUCAAUGUAAUCUCCAUCAUUUGCAACUGCCUAGUGAUCUUCAGUACCGUCUCCGCAAGGCGUCUUCACAAGCCCAUCUUCAUUCUCUUUGGGAGCUUGGCUCUGUCUGACCUCCUCUCAAGCGUAUCUUCCUUUUGGACCGUUUUACUGUUUAUCUCUGAGCCGGAGAACAGUGUGUACGGCUCGAGAGAAUUGCUCUACCCGUACGCCAUCCUUGCCACCUCUGUCCUGUCAACCGCCUAUAACCUGAUCGGCAUUGGCGUGGAACGGUAUCUCACGAUGAUGCCAAACUGUUUGCGACCAAGAUGCAGGAUAUCCCGCUAUCAGACCUGGGCGAUGGCCAUCACCGGCUGGCUGCUGGCAGCACUUUUCGGAGGACUCCCUCUGAUGGGUUGGAAUUGUUUGGACGAAGAGGCAACAUCUUCUGCUCUUUACCGGCCCCUGUGCAUCGACUACCUGGUCUUCAUUACAAUCCCUAACUGCGUGGUGACCUUCGUUUCUCUAUUCUUCACCUACGUUUCCAUCAUUGUUAUUUUAAAGAGACAGCAAUGUAUCAUUGCAGCCCAGGGUCACGUUAGUAACAGAUACAGGGCGGCCGAGACACAGGUAACGAGAACAAGUGUGAUCAUUUGGGUCAUGACUGGGGUCUCAUAUGCACCGUUUUUUUCGGGAGUUCUCUGGGACGCCUUGGACCACUCGCACUUCCAGGACCUUCAAAUACACGUUUUUAUCCUUAGAAAUGUCACCGCCAUAAUGAUAACGCUGAACUCUUUGGUUAACCCCGUGGUCUAUUGUCACAGGUUGAAGGGUUUGGGAACGUUUGUCGGUUCAUUCAAAUGUCAUUUUAGUAAAAGAAUCCACGUGCGAACUGUCAAAACUGUCUAA